AUGAUUGAAAUUACAAUAAAUGACAGGCUUGGAAAGAAAGUUCGAAUUAAAUGCAACCCUACCGACACAAUUGGAGAUUUAAAGAAAUUAGUUGCUGCACAAACUGGAACUAGAGCAGACAAGCUAGUUUUGAAAAAAUGGUAUACAACAUACAAGGACCACAUUACACUCCAAGACUAUGAAAUACAUGAUGGUUUUAAUUUUGAAUUGUAUUAUCAAUAA